GUCAGUGAAACGCAUCAUGCAGACCUUUGACUCUCGGAAGAGGUUCUAUAUGUUUUCCAGGUACUGAACAAUAAUGGCCGCAAAUUCAACUAGACGUGUUUGAGUGCUACAUAUAUUUCUUAGCAUUAAAACCUGCGAUGAAUAUACGCCCGAUCUGCUAAGGAGACAGAUUCAGAUGGGAAUAAUCUACAGAACAGCGCCGUCACACAGAAAAUCCACCGAGUAAGAUCUUUGUGUCUACGGCUGCUAAGAGGAGACGUGUGAUUUCCCGACAUUGCAAAAUGACUACAUGCCAUGCAUAUUCUUAUUUUUCUAAUGAAGAAGACCUUCGCCAAGUCGAAGACGCGGUCAAAGAGGCGAUCACAGCUGUCAUUACGGUUUUUUGCAAAUUAAACAAUAACAGAAUGCGGGAGUAUGAAAUGAAAGUGGCCGAGAGGGACAAAGAGAACAGCGCACUGAAGAUGCAGCUGGAAAGGGCAGAAGACGAGCUCAUGGCGCUGCGGCAGCUGAGGAUGUCACGGGAGUAUGACAUUGAUGACACUGACAGCGACAGCGACAUCGACAGCGACCCACAGGCCGCCUGCUAUUCCCGCUUCGGGUCCCCCGCGGAGGGCGAAGGCAGGCAGCGUGCGCGCGGGAGAUCAAAGCGCGCCCGCGGGGCUGGGGAUCCCCCCUGUGAGCGGCCACUGAAAAGGGAGUUUGCGGAUCCUUGCGAGAGGGCACUUGCCAGGAGAGAUACCCGGACUGAAGAUGCUGCAACACACAGCCCAAACCUUUCUGUGACUGAGGAUGUGGAGCAGCAGGAACUCAGAAAUGAUGUCUGCGAGGAGCAGGAGAGGAGCCCCAGGCUCUUUACCGGCCCAGAACACCUCCGAAUUAAAGAGGAACCUGUCGAUUUUGACACUGUUUUUAUCAAGUGGGAGGUGAGCGAGGAACAUGUUAGGAGGGAAGAGGAGGCGCUGGGGAAGGAACACGAAGCCCACGCAGGACCCACAGCUUGUGUCCCUCUAGCAUCGCCCUGUGUUGUCGGGGUCCAAGAAGUCACUUUUGCACAAUCGGCUGUCUCUGGAGAAAUGACAUCAGUGGCUCAGCAAAGGAGGCUGUCAAACAGAGAGAGGCAGCAGAGAUACAGAGAGAAAAUCCGAGCGGAUCCUGAACGGCAGCGAGCUUACAGGGAGAAGGACAGGUGCAGUCUACAAAAUGGAGCCAAACAAUCUGAAAGCAGACUCACUCACCAGAUGGAAAAUUCACACUGCAAACCUACGAAGCUAUCCAUCCGUGACCAUUUCGGUGAACCGUCUCCCACAAACACACCUGGAAAUCACAGAGCCGUAUGCAAGCACUGCAGCACAGCGGUCUGUGGUUCCAUCAAAGCCACUUCCAAUUUCAAAAGACAUCUACAGAAGAAACAUCCUGAACUUUUGGAAAACCCUGAAAGCAGUGCCUUUGCAGGCUACCUCAACCAGAGCAUUUUGGAUUCUUCACCUGCUGAAGCUACAAGGUCAAGCUCUAGAUGGGAUCCAAUAGAUAGUCAACAGGUUGCUCUGACAGACAGCAUUGUGACCCAUUGUGAAUGGUCUCCUUCCCCUCUAUACUGAGGAAAAUAAGGAUUUUGUUAUGGUUUUGCAGCUGGCUGAACUGUUCUUCACAAUGCCCUCUUGGAGAGACCUCGCCUAGAACCUACUUCCUGAGCACACCAGGCUUGUAAAAGAAAUAAUUUAAUUAAUCAGAUCCAAGACACUUAUAUUUGCCUGUCAGAGGAUCUAUGAGGAUCUAUGGUCAAAUCAAUCUAUGCCAUCAUUUUUUGGCAUGACCGGUCAUUUAACAGUUUGCAUUGUAGAAUGUAAUGUUGAGUUGCCAGCGAUUCAACAGGAGACAUACUGUACAGUAUGGUAGAGAUGUAUGAGAGUAACCGCUUAAGACAUUAAGAGCUUAAUAUCAUUCUCUGCAAAAGGCAUUUACCCUCUUGCCACAUGUGACUGGUGUUGAUAGUGAAGAGGACAAACAGUAUGACACAUCUGCUUUUCAUGUGAUGAACACUGAUGAGGAGAUGAUAUGCUCCUCUCCAGAAAGAAGUACAUGUCUUGUCCAGAAAUUCCGACUUGUGGUUUGUGAUGCCCUGGAUGUAGCUGGCUCUCUUAAAAACGUGUCCUUGUGCCAUGAGUCUACACUGACUACUGAGAUUCUAGGAGGUCACAGACUUCAAUCUGCAAGUGCCCGCAGCUGGCAGAGCCCAUUGAAGAUGCUGAUGUUGGUCCUUAACACUCCAACUGCUGUGGUUCCUCAGCUUCAGUGCCCUAUUGAACUCUCAUCCAACAUAAAAUCACCCGAGAACUAUGUGUGGCCCUAGAGCCUUUUGAGGAGGUAACAGAAAGGUGGCUGGUAGAGAAUCUGGUAACUUCCAGCUUGGUGAUUCCAAGUGUUUGAAGAUUAAGGCAUGCAGUCAGAAUAGUCAUGAAGAUGACUAGCAGCAACAACCGUCCAUUCUCCAGAGCUUGGUUGAGAAGCGUCUUGCAAAAUAUGAAGACAUGCUAUUCUUCCAGGUGGCUUCCAAUCUUGACCUAAGAUUCACGUUGGAUUUGUGUAUUGGUGAAGAGGUUAAACCAUAAAGGAUUUUCUCACAGGACAAAAAGAGUGUCUUCCCCCAAAACUGACUGCAGUGCCCAAAUAAAGAAACUUCACAAACUCUUUUGUGCAUGGAAAGUCAGACUAGUCCCUCACCUGUCACAAACGCUUCACAUGAUGUCAUUAUAUGCCUGAGUCAACCAUGUUCAGCGGAGGAUGUAAACCCUUUGGAAAGGAAACAGCCAGCUCUCCUGAGCCAGCUCUCCUGAGCCUGCACAACUUACCUACAAAUACUUCGCUAUCCCAGCUUCCUCUGUACCUGCUGAGAGAAUCUUCAGUGUAGCAAGAAAAAAAAAUCAGGCCAGAAUGUUGCAGUCUAAAGGAUAAAACCUCUGAAGAUCUUCUGCUAAUUAAAUGUAACCAUAUUGAACUAUGAGUCGUGUGUAUUGGAAUUAAGCAUAACUGCAUUUGAUGUUUUGAUGCUUUUUGCUAUAACACUAUGAUUGGCCUUGCAGACAAAACUUACUGUUCUGCACAAAAGAAAAUAAAUAGGAGCGACUACAUAAAAUUAAUUAUUUUUUUGCCAUGUAAACAUUCAUUUGCUUUUAAUGUUUAAAAAAAUAAACAAACUGUUAAUCAGCAAACCGUAACAAAAAAGACAAUACAUUUGUCGUGACUAAAAUGCUACAGGUAUGUGGGGUUACAGUGAUGCAAGUAACUCUUUCACCACCUCAUCCCUCUGAUAACCUGUGGAAACCGUCAGGAAAAGCUACCGUAGGCUUGUCGAAUCUGCCAAUGGACAUGAACAGUUAAAUAUACAAAAAUAAAAAAAUAUGCGCCCAUGGAAAAGAACUUAGAGGACGCAGAGGAAUAUUGAUAGAAUAGACUAAAAGUUACCGCAUUUUUUCUCUAAUAAUCAUGCGAAUAUAUAGUACACUUUAAACACAAGCUCAGUAUAUACAUCUACAAUCUAGCAAGUGUGUUAUGUAUUUAUGUUUUGCUAAAUUAAAUUACAUCACUGUUGUGAUUGCA